GGACAUUAUAAACCAAGGAGUGUACUAUGUGCAGUUGGCUUCAUUUCUCUGCAAUACUUGAGAAUGCAAUCAGUUCUAAACAGGAUUUUCUCGGCACUUCUUUUUACCAGCAUUUGCCUAGGGGCAAAGUUACCCCGGGGAGAAAGAAGAAGCGGUGCAUCACUAAACAGCAAAACGGAGGGAAACAGUGUACAGUGGGAUGAUAGAACCGAGUCUCGAGGAUUUUCGAACAACUUUGGCGGAUUUGUUGGAUCUGGAAUAAAUGAUUACUUUUUCUCGCAUAAAAAUUUGACAGUUGCAGAGUUGAUAGAGAGACAUACUGCCCUGAGAAAGUUUAAGAAAGCUUUAGAAAAUGCGAAUAUUGGAGAUCUGCUGGAGGGUCCAGGACCUUUUACCAUCUUUGUUCCAGCAAGUGGAGCUCUGGGUUGGUAUAGUUCCAACAGGGAUGACAAGGAUAUUGUUAUGAAUCAUAUAAUCAGUAGAAGGCUUGAACGGAAAGACAUUCCGGAAGGAACUAAUACGUUUAGAACGCUAGGUGGAAGCUCCUUGACUCUGAUCAAAGAUAAAGAAUUUGAUUUCCUGGUAGAUGUACGAAAUCAGGAGGGCGAGGAGGCGAAUAUUAAAGUAUUUAAUCUGCGAGGGAAGAACGGUGUUAUUCAUAUAAUCAGUUCUAUUCUAUAAAUAUAUAUUCAUAUAAUCAGUUCUAUUCUAUAAAUAUAUAUUCAUAUAAUC